GACAAUUAAUUUAUAGAGUUGGUAGCACUGCGUCUGACAGAUGUACCGGUCCGAGAUCAACUUGUUGUUGUUGUUCUUUCUUCUUCUUUCUUUCCAUAAUUUAAAAAAAAAUGGAGCAUGGAAGAUGGAAGUGCUGAAAAUGUUAGGUUAGAUUUUAAGUUAAGUUCUACUUUGUGGCAUAAAACAGAAUACCUACAACGUUUCUUACGGACUCUGAAUUAAUAUACCAUUUAAUAUGGAUCUUGAGGUUCUUUACGAAGAACUUCGCGGUAUGGAAGUUACAAACCCAGCUUGCAUGGACAAAAUUAUGUCUUAUAAAGAAGAUAUCGAAUUGGAAGCUGAUGACUAUAUGCAUGUGCUAGUAGAAAGUUUGUCACAUGCUAUGAUUACAUGGGAACAACCCUGGUAUCAAGAACAAGACAAAUUAAGUCUGCAACCCCUAAUAGAAAACCGUGAUGGAUUGCCGAAAUUUCGAGAGGAUCCUAUAACCAAAGAUGAAGGAGAGCAUAUUCUAAACAAUUGGCGUAAGUUGGUGAAGAAAUACAAUAUCCCAGAUAAAUUGCAAUGUUUUGCGCGAUGGAGGAAUAUUGGUUAUAACAAAAGGUCGUCAGCUCAAGAAAAUGUUCGCCGAUUUAUUCAUUCAUAUUUAGCACGAGGCUUGAAUAGGACUAUUCCACAAGUGUAUCGGCACAUAGUCAAUACAUAUAGGAGAACAAAAAAAGGACGAUAUACACCUGACGAAGAAAAACUAAUGGAAAUUUGUUUUUAUCAUUAUCCACCAAGAGCAGUUCGAAUAGCAUCAUUUGUUCUUGACCGAGGUGAUAAAGGAAUUACGAAAAGAUUUUUAGUCUCUCGCAAUGGUAAACCAGAAUUUAACAGAAUAAAGUGGACACUACCACUAGCUACAAAAUUAGUAAACUUGUUAGUAAAAUAUACUGGAGAAGAAAGUUAUGACGGACUCAAGAAUAAGCCCAUUCAUAUUAGUAUUUGGCGUGACGUUGAAAAUCAUUUUGAUACACUAGCCUGUUAUCUUCGACAUUUUUGGUACACAUCACUGCACUGUCAAUUAUUUAUUAAAUAUGAUGUUACUUUAAGAAGAGUUAGACGAAGAGUAUUUAAAAUGUAAGUAAACGAAAAAUUGCCACUGCAGACCCACGAUACCCCUGGCGAUACCCCUGGUGGUAUCGUGGGUCUCGUUAAAGAACUACACCUCAGACCCACGAUACCCCUGGGAGUAAAGUUGACAAA